CGAACCCUUGCGCCGCUCCCCCCUCAAGCCCGCAGCCAAUAGCAGCCCAACUUCGUGACUCGCCCGGCCAAUCCCGAUACGCUUUAUUGGAGGUCGGGCGAAGCUCUUGCCGAGCGCGCCGCGAGUUGCUGGGUUCAUUGCGCUGGGCAGGGGAGGUGAUUGCCCCCCCCCCCUUUGUUGGUGUCUCUCCCGGGAGGGCGGCAGAGGCCGGCGAUGCCCGAGUUCCUGGCGGACCCGUCGGUGCUGACCAAGGAGAAGCUGAAGAGCGAGCUCAUCGCCAACAAUGUGAGCCUGCCGGGCGGCGAGCAGCGCAAGGACGUGUAUGUGCAGCUCUACCUGCAGCACCUCACCGCCCGCAACGCGCCCGCCGCGCUCGCCCAGCCCGACUUCUCCAGCGACGAGGAGAGGGAGCCCACCCCGCUCGGCGCCAGAAGCAGAGGAGGAGCCGCCCCCGGCCGGAAAGCCACAAAGAAAACAGACAAGCCCAGGCUGGAGGAGAAAGAUGACCUAGAUGUAACAGAGCUCAGUAAUGAAGACCUUCAAGAGCAACUUGUAAAAUAUGGAGUGACCCCUGGUCCAAUUUUAGCUACUACAAGAAAGAUCUAUGAGAAGAAAUUGCAGAAACUGAAGGAACAAGGCCCAGAGUUGGGGUCUUCGACUCCUCUACCAACAGUUUCUUCAUCAGCUGAGAACACCAGACAGAAUGGAAAUAAUGAUUCUGACCAGUACAGUGAUAAUGAAGAAGAUCCCAAGGUAGAGUUCAGACUUGAGAAGAGAGAACCACUGAAAGCCAAGACAAAGACUCCAGUAACACUCAAACAAAGAAGAAUUGCUGAACAUAAUCAGAACUAUUCUCAAGAUGGAGUAACUGAGGCUAUCUGGACAAGUGGAUCUUCAAAAAGUGGACCUCUUCAGGCAGUUUCUAGGGAGUCUACAAGAGUAUCAAGAAGAACACCAAGGAAAAGGGUGGAAACUACAGCACAGUUGCCUGUAGAUGAUGCAGUAAUGUCAGAGGGUACUCCCAUAGCUGAAACUAUAGUGGCUUCAAGCAACGAGACCCUAGUUGUCAAUAGGGUGCCUGGAAAUUUCAAGCAUGCAGCUCCUACACUGUCAAUCAGUGAAUUCUCAGACUUGCCCAGAAGAACACCAAAGAAACCAUUGAUGACAGCUGAACACUUUCGCUUACCACAGCAAGAGGAAACAGGUCAUCCUCAUAAACAUACUGUUAACAUUGGUCACACACAAUCCAGUGAUCUACUCAACACAGCCAUGAUAGAGGAAACUGAGGACAACGCUGAAUGCAUCUGGACACCAAAAAUCACUAGACAGCUGCCAGUAACAAAGCUUAAACCAACAAUUAAAAUCCAGGAAAGACUUCUUAAAAUUCACUGGGUGGUGGAGAAAACACCAGCAGAAGAACGAAGAGUAGAAAGAGAUAUUCUUAAGGAAAUGUUCCCAUAUGAAGUAUCAACACCUACAGGAAUUAGUGCUAGCUGCCGCAGACCAAUCAAAGGAGCUGCUGGCCGACCUAUAGAGCUCAGUGACUUCAGAAUGGAGGAAAGCUUUUCAUCUAAAUAUGUUUCAAAAUAUGUUCCCUCAGCAGAUGAAAAACCAGAGAAACCAAUAACAAAAAAACGCUCCAUUCCCAUGUGGAUAAAGAUUCUGCUUUUUGUUGUUGUGUCAGUCUUCUUGUUUGUGGUUUAUCAAUCUAUGGAAACCAACCAAGGAAAUCCUUUUUCUAAAUAUCUUGGUGUCUCUGAGGCAGACAUCCCAACUGAUUGAUCAUCUCCUAUGGCACACCCAACUUGGUCUCAGUUUUUUUUAAUUGUAGGGGAAAAAACUCUUCUUCCCUACUGUUGUCACAAGGACUGCUUACAACUGUGAUUGCAACUUGACAAAUUGAAUAAUGAAGCAUAAAUAAACAAGCCAGUAUAAAUGGACAUCAGUAACUUUUUCUGGACUAGUAGGAGAUAACUUUGUGCCAUAUGAGUAACAUUUUUUUAGAUCUCUGGGACUUUUUGUAGUCUUUAUUUUUUUAAUGUGGACAUCUUUAAAUUCAUUUUUGAGAAACUGUAUAUUUGUUUUUGCAAACUUGGAAGCUGAGAAGGGCAAAAAUGUAGUAAAAUGUGAAGCUGUGUUUAAAUGCUUUGACUACGUACAGAAAAGAGGUUGUACUUUUUUUUCUCUGCUACACAACGUGGGGGUGAGGAGGGAGGAGAUGUUAACCUGACAAAGGGAAAUGCAUUCUUGAAUGCAUUUUAUUGUAACUGUUCAGCUGAAUUUGAUAUAUUGUGGCUUGUAGGGAAAGUCUGGCAAUAAACUUUUCUGUAAUACUGUAACUUUUUAGUAAAUGUAACUGUAACCCUGCUGUAUUCAUUUCUGUAAGGUCUAAGUAACAUUACUAACUCCACUUAAGAAUAACAUCCGUUUUUUAAUUGUAGCUCUUAAUUUUAGUGCUCAAUACUGUUGUAGGAACAUAAUUACAGAUCUAAUUGGCAACAGAUCUCUCUUUAUAGAGGAACUUAUUUAUUAGUAAUGUGUGAAAAUAAAAUUUGCAUCAAAUAUAAUUUUGCUACCAAAAUAUUCUGUGAAUCAGUUUUGUUUUUUUGUUGAAGGACUCAAAGUCUAAAGCGCUGUGCUACAUCUUAAAUCUUUCACCAGAAUGAUUCAGACUGCAGAAAAAAUUAUUGCAGGGCUAGGUUCUUCAAACAAAAUUUGUCAAGUCUUUCCCACAGCUUAAGAAUGAUACUCCUUGCAGAUGUUCACAUAAAAAUGUGUUGCUUCUAUACUCAUCUUGGAUACUCCCUAUAUCAUGAAGUUUCAUGUUUGAUGUGAAAAGGGCAUUGUUAUGCUUUGACUUUUUUAAUUUAGGUUAAAAUUACUCAUCUUGGAUUCAGUUGAUUUUUCUUUUUUUUUUUCAGUGGAAAUGUGUCUAAACAUUCUAAAUUCCAUAACCUAGUUACAGGCAACUGAUUUUUCCACAACCAGUGAAGUCUGAAAUACAAAUAGAAUAUAAAGUGAAUGUAUAAAAUUGGUGCACUUAAGUCUGCAACAUAUUACAUAUUCUAUACAAAAUUACAGUUGUAACCUUAUAAAAGUGGUACUUUUUUUUAAAAAAAGCUUAGGAUAUAAAUUAAUAUAGUCGGAUCUUUUUUUACUGUAACUAGAUACAAUGUAAUAUUUAGUUCAUAGUUGCUCUUAUGGAAACUCUUACUUGCUAUGUACUUGAGGCAACUUUUACUUAUCUUUGGUAGCAAAGCAAUAGUUUUGUCUAAAAUAAAUGCUUUAAUUCUUUUAA